AUGGGACCAUUUAAUCAAUCAUUAUCUCGUAAACUCGACUUGAGCUAGGAUCCACGUUUUACUAAUGAAACAAGUGCAUUUUUACGAGUGGCUUUACAAAAUACUUUACCUCCGGGUCAUAAUUUAGAGAUAGCAGCAAUGCGUCAAGGUAUAGAAUAUCUUCAUCAUGUAUGUAAUGAAAAAUUUUAUGGAACAUUCACCGGUACCUUAGAAGAAAACACAGUGAAAACUAAUUCUACAGAAAUACCGAUUACCGUCUAUACACCAACAGAUGCCAAUAAAGAUAAAUUGGGUGUUUAUUUUCAUGGUGGAGGUUGGGUCAUUGGUAGUCGAAAAUCUCAUCAAACAAUUGUUAAUACUAUAGCUGAUGCUACAAAAACAAUCUGGAUUUCUGUAGAAUAUCGUCUCGCACCCGAACAUAAAUAUCCAGUUUGGCUUGAUGAUUGUUGUGAUGUUACUCAAUAUAUCAUACAGAAUAAAACAAAUUUUGGCGUGAAUGAAAUUGCUAAAAUCGGUGUUGCUGGUGAUAGUGCUGGCGGAAUGAUUUCGGCAUCAGUCGCUCGUACAGUAAAGAACGUUGAUUUUCAAAUUCUGAUUUAUGCAACAUUAGAUGUUAUUCGUGAAACACCGUCUUAUAAUGAAUUUACUGAUCAAAUGUAUAAUGCUACACCUGAAUUAAUGGAUUGGUUUACAAAACAUGCAUUUGAAACUUCGCAAGAUUUGAAAGAUCCACGAAUAUCUGCUUUAUAUAAUACAUCAUUACAAGAUGUGCCACCAUGUUUAUUCAUUGUAGCAGAACUUGAUGCUCUUCGAGAUGGAAACUUAGAAUAUCAAAAAUUACUUGAAAAAGUUGGUGUUCAAACGAAAUUAUUGCUUGUUAAAGGUGUUAUUCACGGAUUUUUUAGUUUACAUGGGGUGUUCCCACAAGCGUGUGCAGAAUCAAUGAAUACUAUUCAAGAUUUUAUGGCAUCUAUUUAA